ACGACCCUUUUCACCUCCGCCCACGUCCUCCACACGUCCUCGUCGUCGUCGACAAUAAACUCGUCCAUUCGUUAUCGUUCUCUGCGACAUACACCCAUGAAGACGUUCGCCAUCGUCUCCGCCCUCGCCUCGGUCGCCCUCGCUCAGUCGAGCACGGCGUCGGCGAGCGCGCUCAUCCCGACGGGCAUCAGCUCCGGCUGCUCGUCCUUCCUCACCGCCUUCAACAGCAACUCGGCGCUCUCCGCGUGCACCUCGCCGCUCAUCUCCGCCACGUCCUCCUACGGCCCUGGCGGCAACGCGAGCGCCACGUCCGCCGGCGUCUCGUCCGCGCUGAGCGCCGCCUGCUCGGCGACGACGUGCUCGGAAACGACCGUCCGCGACCAGCUCACGCAGUUCUACGCCGCCUGCACCGCCGAGCUCACCUCCAGCCCGAACGACGCCGUCGUCCGCGCGUACGACGUGCUCUACGCGCUCACCCCGCUCAAGAAGGCGCUCUGCGCCAAGGACGACAGCGGCAAGUACUGCGCCGCGCAGCUCUCGUCGAUCGUCUCCUCCGCGAGCGCCUCCGCCUCCGCCGCCUCCGCCUCGGCGUCCGCUGCCGCCGGCUCGCUCAGCAACGGCCUCUCGCUCGCGAGCGUGCAGAAGUACCUGUGGGCGAGCACGAGCGGCUCGCUCGCGCGCCGCGCCUCGUCGUCCGAGGCCGCGCUCAUCCCGAACACGACCACCUACGCCGCCUCGAACCUCGUCUUCCUCUUCCUCCAGCCCGCGCUCGAGAGCGCCGCGCUGUGCACAUCCUGCACGCGCGCGGUGCUGACGUCGUACAUCGACUGGGAGUCGGACGUGCCGUACGCGCCCGGGCUCGCCAACUCGCCCACCAUGGCCGGCCAAGCGGCGAUCUACAACGCGGUCCAGAGCACGUGCGGAUCGAGCUUCCUCAGCGGCGCGGUGCAGGCGGCGGGAAGUCUGAGCAACGGUCUUGGGCAGAGCAGCGGGGCCGCGCCGGCGGUCGCGCUCGCUGGUCGGGCGGGCACGGUGGUCGCGGCGAUCGGCGCCGUCGUCCUCGGUGCGGUCGCGGUGUUGUAAGGAGGUCGCGCAGCCCCUUUUUUUGGUCAUGGGGAUGCCCCGCUCUCUCGACAGGGUGUCAAACAUCGGCUGUUUGGCAAUUUCCCCGCAUCACAUUUCUAGCGCACCUUAUAAUUAUUCUCAACAUCAUUCCACGGACGGCUUUGUCGGUGAAUAUACCCCCCCCCUUUGUAGGACCGUAACACGCCCCCCUCGAGUUUGUAGUCCGUCGAUAUGAACUUGGGAGAAAUCAUCGUUCCUGCAG